UUGGUUGACAAAGCCAGCUUCGAUCUCAAGGGUGCAGGCUGCUUCUGUGGGCGCUUCUCCGCUCCUUGUGGCCUGUCUGCGAUUAACUACCAAGAGCGUCACCCUUUAGUGCACUGUUCUCGUCAUAAUCAUACGAGGUGUUGCUGCCUGGCUAAAUGCGUUGCACUUACCGAGGAAGCGAGAGAGGUACUGGAAUGGCAGUCAUGAUGUGCCAGGCUUUGUUUGUGUCGACACUAUUCUUCGCGGGUUGCGUUUCAAUGACCCAGACUCUCGCGGCCAUAGAUUCCGAGCUCAAUGACAAGGGAAGUCCCUUCUCCGGCCUCUCUCACUCUCUAAUUUUAUGCACUGGCCUUGGAAUAUGUCGUCGUCAAGAAACCCUGAAAACGUCUUGUCAUGCUGAUAAUUCACAGGAUCUGCUUACUUCGAUGAGAAUCCUGACCUAUGAGGGAUGAUGUUAAGGGGAAAUUCAGAACCUAGCAUCUAAUUCAUGGAAUGGUUUCUGUUUCAGUUGUUUAGAACAGAGCUGAUCCACAGAGAGCAUCCCUCGUCGCCGAUGAGAUCGACGGCACAACAAACCUCUAGCGAAAUAUUCCUCGCAGCUGUGAAGCGCGGUGCCAAACGACGCGCUCGACUCUCUCAGAAGAUCCUUGCAGCGGGAAAAAUAUUCUCAACCCCUAUCGCAUCGGGGAAUGGAGAAUACCUUAUUGACUUAUCCUUUGGCAGCCCACCACAAAAAGCAUCUGCCAUAGUGGACACCGGCAGCGACUUGAUUUGGGUUCAAUGUUUGCCUUGCCAAUCCUGCUACACAGCAAUCAGAGCCAAAUUCGACCCGACCAAGUCGUCAAGCUACGCAGCAGGUCUGCCAUAUCAGUCAUGCAACACAAGCUGCCAGUACAACUACAUGUAUGGCGAUGACUCCUCAACCAGCGGCGCACUGUCAUUUGACUCAAUAACUAUUCGCACAAGCACGAUCACCAAUGUUGCUUUUGGCUGCGGCCAUCGCAACUUGGGCACCUUCGCUGGUGCGGGAGGACUCAUGGGACUCGGCCAGGGCCCAUUGUCGCUAAUCUCCCAAGCAGGCGCCAUCACGAGCAAAAUAUUUUCCUACUGCUUGGUGCCAUUAGGAAUCAACAAAACUAGUCCCAUGUACAUCGGAGACUCAGCUGCAGCAGGAUCAGACAUCGCAUACACGCCCUUGCUCAACAACAUCGUCAAUCCUUCGUUUUAUUAUGUUGGACUCACGGGUAUCUCUGUUGCAGGCAAAGCCGUGAACUACCCAGCAGGAACGUUCAGCAUCGAUACAUCCGGACAGGGAGGCUUCAUUCUGGACUCAGGAACGACGCUCACGUACCUCAACACUGCCGCUUUCACUGCUGUAGUAGCGGCAUGUAAGGAGGCGAUUCCAUACCCAGAAGUGAACGGAUCCUCAUAUGGACUAAACUACUGCUUCUCCACAGCGGGAGGCACCACGCCGACCUACCCUUCCAUGGUGUUUCAUUUCACUGGUGUGGAUUUCACCCUCCCUCCCCCUCCCUCCCGAGAACAUCUUCGUUGCAGUCGAUACGCUGGGCAGCGAUUGCUUGGCUAUGGCUGCGAGCACAGGCUUCAGUAUCCUGGGCAACAUACAGCAGCAAAACCACUGGAUUGUGCACGGUAUUGUCAACAAGCAAGUUGGUUUCAAGACAGAAAACAUUGAAACAAUCUAGAAUACAUACAUACAUAAAAAAACAGUUGCUCCUCAGUGCUUGCCAACGGGUGUCGGUGGAUUUCUUCCUCUCUUGACAAGAUCAAUAUCUCCUCCAUUCCUGCCGAAUAUGGGUUUAUCAUGAAAGGAGUCCCUUGGACAAUCAAUCUAUGGAGACAGUGUACAGCAAGAGUGAUUGCUUUCUUCAAUUCUUUGUGUAGAUUGCAGCUUCAUUCAACUGUAAACUCACUCACUCACGCACUGUAAUCGUCAACUCCAGGAAAACUGAUCCUUGUUACAUGGAAACAUUGAAAAAC